AUGGUUACUGUUUCAACACCUUCUUGUUUGCAAAAGAUGCUCAUCACAGUCACAACAAUCUUCAUCCUAUCUUCUUCUUUGCCUUCUGCUUUUGCUGUAACUGAUACGAGCCAACGACCCUUUAAGAAGAUCUAUGCCUUUGGGGACUCUUUCACUGACACCGGUAACACGGAGUCCCUCACUGGUCCCAAUGGCUUUGUUCAUGUUUCCAACCCUCCCUAUGGCACCACCUUCUUUCACCACCCUACCAACCGUUACUCCGAUGGACGGCUGGUCAUUGACUUUGUGGCUGAAUCAUUGUCUUUGCCUUUCUUGCCACCCUACCGUAACAGCAAAGGCAACAGAGCUUAUGGGGUGAACUUUGCUGUAGCAGGCUCAACAGCAAUAAAUCAUGCUUUCUUUGUUAAGAACAACCUUUCUCUUGAUAUCACCCCUGAAUCAAUCCAAACUCAAAUGAUUUGGUUUAACAAGUACUUGGAGAGUCAAGGUUGUAAAGGGCCAGAAUCAGGGCCUAAGUGCAAAGAUGCAUUGGAUGAUGCCUUAUUCUGGGUUGGUGAAAUUGGUGUCAAUGAUUAUGCCUAUACUCUUGGAUCGACCGUAUCAGAUGAAACUAUAAGAAAACUUGCUAUAUAUAGUUUCACUGAGUUUUUACAGGCACUGCUGAAGAAGGGUGCAAAAUAUGUUGUUGUUCAAGCUCUGCCUACAGCAGGAUGCUUACCACUGGCCAUGACACUGGCACCAUCAGAUGACAGAGAUGAUAUAGGCUGUGUGAAGAGCGUGAACAACCAAAGCGACAUGCACAACCUUGUCCUCCAAUCCAAGUUGUCGGAUCUCAGGAGGCAGUUUCCCCAAGCUGUGAUUGUUUAUGCUGAUUAUUGGAAUGCCUAUCGCAUGGUCAUGAAGAAUCCAGGGAAAUAUGGAUUCAAAGAGAGCUUCAAGGCAUGUUGUGGAACAGGAGAUCCCUACAACUUUGAGGUGUUUAAUACAUGUGGUAAUCCUUCUGUCACUGCUUGCUCAAAUCCUUCUGAAUACAUCAACUGGGAUGGAGUGCACCUCACUGAAGCUAUGUAUAAGGUAGUUGCAGGCAUGUUUCUCAAUGGAAAUCUCAGUAAUCCUCCAUUCAAAUCCUUGCUGGAAAGAAAACAGCGGAAGCCAUGA